AUGCAAGAAAUUGAAAGCAGUCAAAUGCACAACAGUGGAACAAUGGAUAAAAAAAUCUAUGGUACACACGGCGACCCUGGUGUUUGCGGGGCAGGCAGGAGCCUCCAAGGAGACAGAGGGGUUGGGAAGAGGCUGGCAGGCCAUCUCCUGCUCUCUCGCACCACCCUCCUUUGGGACCUGAUCCUGGGCAUACUGGGCACUGGCCUUCCUGUUGAUCCUGGGCACCUACCUGUGGCCGUUGACCAGUAUGUGCUCUGCAGCUUCUACCUGUGUGUAGCACUGGUGCUAGAGUUGCUGGGCCUCGCCUCAGUCAUACUACAGCUAUUCACCUAGAUCUGGCUGCUUGAACCUUCCAGCCUACAUGGGGCACACUCGUUGGGCCGUCUGGAAUGGCUGCAUUUCCUACAGCUGGGCUACCUGGACAGAUUCUCUCCAGAUCUUCCUCUGUGUGUGCAGAGGCUCCAGCAGGGGCUGUUGGUGUGGCCACAGGAGAUCCCCCACUGACUUUGAUCUGGCCUAGCCUACUUCUUCUCCCUAGACAUCAGCAUGCUGUGGCUCUUUGAGACCUUCCUGGAGACGCUGCUGCAGCUGACACUGGUACUAGCCACUGUAAUUGUGCUGCAGAGUGGCCAGGCCAAGUGCUAUCAGGGGGUUGGCAUCUGUGUGUCCUUCCUGAGAAUCUCAUGGGUACUGCUGUACUACCACUGGGCCCUGGGCACCUGCCUGCCUUCUGAACCCCCUCCUGGGACCAGGAUCUACUUCUUGUGGAAUAUGCUACUGCUGUGGCCCCAAGUCCUGGUCAUGGCCCUCUUCUCAGCUCUCUGCCCCCACCCCUACAUGGCCCUGCACUUCCUUUGCUUGUGGCUGCUGCUGCUACUCUGGGUAGCUCAGGGAACAGAUUUUAUUCCAGACCCUGUCUCCAAGUGGCUCUACCAGGCAAUGGUGACCACCACCCUCUAUUUCUCCUGGUUCAAUGUGGUUAGAAGGCUGUAUGUAAGGCUGAGCACCAUCCACCUGAUGUUCCUCAUGAGUGACAGUAGCCUCCUGGUGGGAACCUGGGUGGCUCACAAAAGUUGGCUAACUCGCGGGAUCCCCUUGGAGAUUCUGCUGUCUGUGGGUGGGUUCUGCUUCCUGCUGGGCCUGGUGCUGCAGCGUUACUACCACUGGCUGCACCCUAGCCACCACUAGGAGCUUGACAGUAUGGACUGGUUCAGCUUCCUUCCUCCUGAGACAUAUCAGCUGCCACAGAAUAGGCACAUAGCUAACUUGGCUCAGAACUUUUUCCCAAAGGCUAGGAAUGAUUCAACUUUCUUUGUGAACAGAGAGGUGAAUGGGGUUUUAUGA